GUCUUCGAUCCUCUUUGAAUGGCAGCCAGUGUUGUUAGCGCUAACCAGUAGCUAGCUAGCAAGAUAACUCGCUAUCUAACUAGCGGUAGCCCGUUCGGUAGCCUGGUACUUCGUGAUUAGCGUCAGCUACGUGCACAAACACUACACUUAAGCAGAUACAUUUUCUUUUGACGCUUACGGCUUAACCGAUAUACCUAGUGAGGCAUUUUAAUCUGUUAACUGGUGGCCGGAUGCUCGCAGGCGCUCAUGGCGCUAGUUAGCUUAGCUAGCGGCCUUAAAGGCAGCAACGUAACGUUAGCAUAGCUAAAUGAGUGUUUGCUUUGGGGAACUGGACUAACCGAUAAGUUGUGAUUUCUGUAACCCGCCGUGUUACAGUGAGCUACCUCAGCCUAACUAGCAGAGAAAUUAAUUGGAAAGUUGUUGUGAGCGUAUUUUGAGACCACCAAGCAUUACCAGGAUGGACUCGGAUAUUUUGAACAUAGAGGAGAUAGUGAUGGGACGGGGAUUGCCAGAUCCACCUCCAGAAGCUCCCCCUGAGAAGCCAGCAGAUCCAUACAAACCUAUCACUUUGAAUGGACCUCCUGCACCCUCCAUUCAACCAUACCAGCAUGAAAACCUGCAGUGUUUCCAGUGCUUCAUCACAUUCUGCAGUGCCAAAGCCAAGGAAAGGCAUAUGAAGAAGAGCCACCGGGAAGAGUAUAAGCAACAGCUUCAGCAGGGAAACACGUUGUUCACAUGCUACGUGUGUGACCGCACAUUUCAGUCAUCUGAGGAACUGACACAGCACCAGCCAACACACAGCAAGGAUGACAAGCCCUUCAAAUGCGUGCACUGCAAGGAGAGCUUUAAAACAUUCUCUGAACUAACAGCCCAUAGAAGACAGGUGUGUCCAGAGAAACAGUUGGUAUGUAAAGAUUGCAAUGAGACCUUCCGUAGUGCUGGACUGUUGCGUACUCAUCGCCUCACCCAGCAUCCCCGCCCAGAUGUAGAGACUGCCGAACCGCUGGAGGACCCUGCGAAAACUCACCGCUGUAAGAAGUGUGGUCAGGGCUUUGAAACAGAACCAGAGCUGAUAGCCCACCAGGAGAAGUACCCUGAAGGUCAGCAAUGCAACGGCAGCGCCGCAUCCGUCAAGAAACGUGGACGGCCUUCCAAAGCUGAAGACGUCGCAGCUGCUGAGAAAAAGGGAAAGCGGAAAAAGAAGGAUGAGGCAGAAUCGCCCGAGGAGGCAGUGAAGGCCGGCAGCACAUCAGAGUCAGCAGCCCCUCCAGCAGAGGAAAAGGGAAAAGCAGGUGGAGCAAAGCGUGGCCGUCCUUCUAAAGCCGCAGCAAAACCAGAACCGGAGGAUGCUAAGAGUCCCGAGGAUGACAGUCAACCUCCAGCAAAGGAGAAGAAACCAAAAGCAGAUGGGGCCGCUCCGGCCCGUCAGCAUCCCUGUCCUGAAUGUGACCUCGCAUUCCCCGGCUUGAUUCAGCUCCGUGCUCACAAGAAGGAGAAACACGCCCCACGGAAAGCCCAUCCCUGUGAAGAAUGUGAAGAGAGCUUUGCCCGUCCUGAGCAGCUGGACGCCCACAUGUCCCGGGCUCACGCCGUGGGCCGCCUUGCCUGUCCAACCUGCGGGAAGAGCUUUGGCCGUGAGCGCACCUUAAAAGCUCACCAGAAAAGCCACCCGGAGGAAAAGCCUGAAAACCCAAGUGCAAAGAGAUAAUUGAGACAUGGGGACCGUGCAGAAAGUCUAUUGUUUUUGAAGAUUUUAAUCAUUAAUUAUCCUUUUUUCUUUUUUUUUUUUUUUUUUUUUUUUUUAACAUUGGAGAUCUUGAUGCUUCACAUGAUGGUUUCAGAGUUUGGAAUGGUUUUGAGAAUGACGUUUUAGCAAGUUUUGGAUUUGAAGUUAAGUUUUGAUCAUGAGCUGUUCAAAUUUCGGACAAACACACAUCUCCUAAAUUGACUAACCAAAUGUUAGAUCCAUACACCCUUUGCCACAAAACAUUGUUUAUUUGUAAAAACAAACUGUGUUGAAUAACUUUUUAAUGAUUUGUUUCAGGUUUUUUUUAAGUGUGAAAUGCGUGUGGUGUGAAUUAUUACUUUAUGUCCUGAGUUCAACUCAGUCUGUGGUUAAAAAAAAAAAAAAAUUUUUUUUUUUUUUUUUUUAAAACUAAUUGGGUAAGUACAUAUUUUGAAGCAAAUUAGAUUCCUAGUAGAGUUACUAUGUUUGAAUGUUUAGACAGUUUGUCAAGAGAAACUUGUUAUGUACAGCUUCUGGUUCAUAAUGUGCAUUUUCUUUUUUUUCUUCUUUUUUUUACUCUUUAAUAUUUUGAUUAUGUUCUUUUCUAAAUUAAGUUUCAUUGAGGAAGAAUUUUAAAAUAACAUGAUUAUGUUCUGCUAAAAAAAUAUAUUUUGGCUUAGUGCUCCAGGUUUAAUGUGGAGUGUUUGGCAUGUGGGCAGGAAUGAUCCACUAUAAUCCUGAUUCGUCUACAGUAAAAAUGACUCCUUUUCAAUUUUUCACUUAUUAGAAUGAUGUUUCAUGUCUUGGACAUUUCUUAAAUGGACCUCAUGCCUGUUUAAUGCCUAGAGUCCCAUAAUGAACUGUGUAUAUCAUGUGUUUUUUCACUGAUUGGAUUCUUUCUCUCCCCACUGCAAUGUGUCUGGACACUGCAACAAUGUAAUAAAACAUGCUAUCCCAAGGGAGGCUGCUGAAGAAAUA